UAAAUCAACCCUCAGAUUUGAACAGCGAACAAGAACCACAAACUCAACAUUGAAGUGAAGUUACAAAGCCUUGCAAAUUAGUCCCCAAAUACUUACUCCUGAAAACCCAUUUUCUUCCUCAAUCCAAAACAUCAUUCAGGAGAAAUGGCCACUGUCACCACUCAAGCUUCUGCCGCCGUUUUCCGGCCAUGUGCCGCCCGAUCAAGAUUCCUUUCCGGUUCUUCCGGUAAACUCCAACGUGUGCUCUCGGUUAAGCCAGUUUCUGCUUCUUCGUCUUCAUCUUUCAAGGUUGAAGCCAAGAAAGGAGAAUGGUUGCCUGGUCUCCCAUCUCCGAUGUAUUUAAACGGCAGUCUUCCCGGCGACAAUGGAUUUGACCCGUUGGGAUUAGCGGAAGACCCAGAGAAUUUGAGGUGGUAUGUACAAGCGGAGCUGGUGAAUGGGCGGUGGGCGAUGCUUGGUGUCGCCGGAAUGCUUCUACCGGAGGUUUUCACGAAGAUUGGAAUCAUCAACGCCCCUCAAUGGUACGACGCUGGAAAGGCAGAGUACUUCGCCUCGUCGUCAACUCUGUUUGUAAUCGAGUUUAUCCUCUUCCAUUACGUCGAAAUCCGAAGAUGGCAAGACAUUAAAAACCCUGGCUGUGUUAACCAAGACCCCAUUUUCAAGCAAUACAGUUUACCCCCAAAUGAAUGUGGUUACCCUGGUGGGAUUUUCAAUCCCCUAAAUUUCGCCCCAACUCUUGAAGCUAAAGAGAAGGAAAUAGCCAAUGGGAGACUUGCGAUGUUGGCGUUUUUGGGGUUCAUAGUGCAACACAAUGUGACAGGGAAAGGGCCAUUUGACAAUCUUUUGCAGCACAUCUCUGACCCAUGGCACAACACCAUUGUCCAGACAUUUGGUGGCAACUAAAUUUGGUUUGUUUGGAAGGUCGUUGUUGUUGUUGUUGUUGUAUUAAGGGUAAAAAUGGUUGAUAUGAAGUGAGAUUCUUUUGAGAGUAUGUUUUUUGGAGUGUGUGUUGCUAAUGGAAUUUGUAAUAUCAACAACAUAGUGGAAUAUCAGUGUACAGAGGGUGGAGGGGCUUGUCAUUGUAGCUUGGAUGUUGUUCUUUAAAUGACAUGAAUUUGGCUCUUGCAGCUUCCUUCAACUUUCA